AUGGUGGGGUCCGAAGAAGCAGGUCAGACGCUCAUUGAGUUGGACGAGGUUUGGUCUGGCCUCAAGCAUACCUGCCUGGUUGAGCACACGUUCUGGGAGUCUGGACCGGCCACAGGCCAGGUUGAGGCUGUGUUGCGUGAAUACAAAGACUUGUCGGCUACCCUGUGUGACAUGGCUAAUUUUGUCUUCCUCCAAAACGACAAGUUCAAAGAGAAACAAAAGCUUGACGUCGCCGCUACAACACUCAAGCGCUGGGUGGACAUCGUUCCAAACAAACUCAAGAAGUGGGUCGAUACUGGCUUGGCGCAACUUGUGGAGGACCGCAUGCUGUCCGUCUGCCGCUCAAAGCAGCAAGCUUUGUUUUCCGCUGGGUUGACAGCGGUGGCUGAAGUAACAAAGCAGUGCGUCGCUGGGUCGCCACCUUCCUUCAACCAGGGUGCCCAGCAACAAUUGCUCAUGAAGAUUCCCAAGAGUCACAGCCUGAGGCCCUUGGUGACCUCUUUCUUGGAGGUGCUCACUUUGCAAAGCCAAUCAGGGGACCAGCUGAAGCUGGCCACUGCCUUGGACAUGACCGGCAAGCAUUACCAGGAAGCGCUUUCCACUGCAGAGUGGCAGGAGGACCUGCGCAAAACAGGCCUGAAAGAGGCCAGUGCCUGGCUCAAGGCUCUUCGCCAGAAGGUUGCCUGCGAAGCUCUUGACGAGAUGGAGCGCACACACAAGAAACGAUGUCUCUCCAUGGAAAAAAUCAAAGUGGCCAAGCUGCCCAGUUUGACGGAUGAGGAGAACUAUCGCAAAGUUGGGCUACGAUGUGUGGGGCAAUUGGCUGACGUCACGGCCCUGCUAGAAAAGGAUUGCAAGGCUCUCAAGACUCUCCGCUCUGCCUUGGUGAGGCUGAAGGCUGCGCAGUUUGGCGAGGAAAACACAACCCCUCUUCUUGCAGAGCUCGAACUUGCCCAAAAGAAAGCUGGGCAUGAUGUGUUUGCGCCUGGUCCAGGUGAGAUUGAGUGCGAGGAGCUGGUGGUACAAACAAGUUUUCAUGUAGCUGCUGUCGCGGCCUUGUGCCUGGUUCGAAACCCAAAGCUUGCGCCUCCCAAUCCCGAUGGUAAAUUGCUCAAACAAGUUGCCGAUAUCUCAGUCACAUUGAGGGGCAAAUGGGAGCUGCUACCGGAGGGCGAGCUGAAGCUUCAAGGGGGGGCGCCAGGGGAGGAGGAAGAGCCUGAAAAGGAAGGUGAGCGCAAAGACGACCAGCACGAGGUCAAGAAGAGCAAAGGCAAGGACAAGAAAGAGAAGAAAAGAGACGACGAUGACAAAGAAGACAAGAAAGACAAGAAGGAGAAGAAACGCAAGAAGGAGGACAAAGACAAAGGUGAGGGCAAGAAAACAAACAAAGACAAGAAGAGUGACAAACACGACAAGAAGGAGAAGAAGGAAAAGAAGGAGCGGCGCCAGCAGGCGGAAGACAAGGUUGAAAAGGCCAAGAGCAGAAAGCGAAAGGUUGAAGAAGAAGAAGAAGAAGAAGAACGCCCUGUGCCAGAGCCCAAGGCCACCCCGAGGCCGAAAGGUAAAUGCAAGAGCGCGCCAAAGCCAAAGGCAAAGCCAAAG